UACAGGGUAUAUGCUGGAAGUUACGCACCCAACUCUCUGUCACUUGUCAUCAAAAAUGUCCUAGAGCAGGAUGCUGGGGAAUAUACAUGCAAUGGAACAAUUAAUGGAACACCAAAAACUGCAAAAAUCUCAAUGUCUGUCAACAUGCCCCUUGAAAUAACAGAAGAAAUGGCACCAACAUCACAGAAAGUUGAAGAAGGUACCCAAGGCUUGAUUAAGUGUGUGGCCCCUGGGGGAUACACAAUAAGUUGGAUUAGGGAUGGCAAGACAGUUGGUCAAGAAUCAAAUGGGACAGAUGUACAUCCAAGAUAUUCUCAGGUUCCAGAGGGACUUGAAAUCAGCAAAGUAAAUCGCAGUUUGGAUGAAGGAACAUUUACUUGCAAUGUUGUUGGAACUGGAGCUGCUUCAUCCAAAAUCAAAUUCAUUAACAUAGCAGUAACUGUGAUAGUUAGUCCAAAAAUCACGAGUCCCCCCAGUACAGGUCAGGCAGUGGAAGGAUCGCGGUACCGGUUUGAAUGCAGAGCAUCUGGAGAACCUUCUCCAGAAUACCAUUGGUUUAAGGAUGAAAGCAGUAAUGAACUAGUAGGGGAUAGGUUUGAGAUUGACAAACAGAAAGGAAUAUUGAUCAUCAAGCAAUCCAAAAAGGAUGAUGAAGGUCGCUACAAAUGCGAGGCUAGGAAUGAAGCUGGGGUGGCCAGUGAAACGGCAGAGUUAAAGGUCAUCAUUCCCCCUAAAAUUCGUGAGUUUAACAAUGGAACAGGGGAAGAGGGUAAAGAUGGCACCUUAAGCUGCAAGGCCUAUGGAGAUCCUAUUCCUACCAUCCGCUGGCUUAAAGGAAAUGUUGUGCUUCCUGAUGGAGCACCUAAACAAGAUAAAAAUGAGAAAACGGUGGUUUCAAAGUUGACCUUAUCCCCUCUUACAAAGGAUGACGGUGGACAGUACACAUGUGAGGCAGCCACUCAGGGGGCAGAAAGUGACAAAAAACAGGCCUUUCUCAUUGUCAAAUAUAAACCUGCAUUUAAUCCUGACAUUCCAACAACAGCGUGGACUUGGCAAAAUGCCCCUGGAAACCUGACCUGUGAAGUGGAGGGAGAACCUAGACCUAGAGUGGAAUGGUUCUCAAUUCCCAACGAAAACGGAGAAAGGACCCCAAUCUCUGAAGGAGGACGCUUCUCCAUCAUAAACAAAAACAAAGGAACAAAUACAAUUACCAGUACUCUAAGGGUUGUCUAUGAUUUCACUGUACCAUUUGGAGAAUAUCUUUGUAAAGCCAUUAAUGAUUUAGGAGCCACAAACAGAACAAUUAGACUAAGAAAAGCAGAUCCCCCAGCCUCCCCCUCUGUGUUAGUAGACGAAGUUACACCAAACACAGCUGACUUCACUGUACAGUUCAGUUCCAUGGCUAAUGCACCACCACCAAAGCAGCUGAAGGUGACCAUUACUAGCUCACCACCACAGGCUGUAGAACCCAGAUAUUAUGAUGUUGGAGUGGUUAAUGGUAAUCCAAAAGAAGUUAAGGUGGCUCUAACAGGCCUGACACCCAGCACUUCCUAUACGUUCGAGUUCUCAGGAGUGAGUGAUGCUGGUGAAGGACCAUCGACCCAAAAAACAUCAAAUACACCUUCAGCUAGAAAGCCAUAUAAAGUUGUUAUUCAGAAUCCUCUAAGAGAUGGUGAAUAUCCAAAUAAGUACAAUCUGCAGUGGGAGACACCCAAGGAUGGAGGGUCUCCUAUCCAGUCUGUUAGAAUCUGCUACAGGAGGGUGAAGGUUCGUCCAGAGCUGUCGCCUGCAAACGAAUACCAGUUUGUGGAGCAGAUCACAGGAUUUAUUUGUAAUGAUGCUCAGCCUCAGCAGUCCUCGUAUAUGCUGACCAAUCUGGAACCUUCCACACACUAUCAGGUUAAUAUUCAGGCACGCAACCAGAAAGGCGAUUCAGAGGACAGCUUCUUCAUCUUUAAAACUAAGAGUCCACAACUGGUGACCCAAUCCCAGAUUGUGACAUCAGCUCAAAAACAAACUACAGCUUCCAUUCCGGAACCUGGUCCAUUUUCGUCAGGAGAAGAGAAAGGUGGUCUACCAAUUGGUGUGAUCAUCGCUAUAAUCAUCAUUGUUUUCAUCGUUCUCCUUAUCGUCGUUGACGUCACAUGCUAUUAUAAGAGAAAGUGUGGCGUUAUUAUGUGCCUGAAAGGAAAACUUGGUGGCGGAUCAACUGCAGGAGCCGGGAGUGGAAUAAAGGACGCAGAGAAAGGAGGAGAUGAUAAAGAUAAAAAGUCUGACAAACCUGUCGAGAAAGAAGAGAACACCAAGCCGCUGUUGAACGACAAAACAGAGGAAGAGGGACAGAAUGGAAAAGAAGAGGAAUUAAAGGAGAUGGAACCAGAAGAGAAAGAAAAGGCUGAUGAGAAAACACCAACGAUUGAGACUGCUGAGGAGGCAAAACCAGCACCGGAAACACCAAAUAAGGAAACGCCAACAGAUACCAAACCCGAGGAGAAAUCACCGACCACUGAAACCAAACCCGAGGCUCCUACUGAAAAGAAAGAGGAGAAAUAAUAGAAACAUUAGUAUUUUAAAAUUUUUACUUCCACUUGAACAGUUUUCAGCAGAUUUUAUAUUACUUAAUAAGAUAGUGUAAGUUGUCAGGAGAUUCAAAAUAAUAAGAGAACUUACAAAACGGUCAUCAAAUAAUCGUUAAGAUCGUACUUGUGCAGAAAUAUGCAAUACCUAGAUUGAUCCGGGGUCCCACUGGUUUUCACCAUGUUCACUGUAAAAAUAACUUUAACAAUUUCAAAAAUGAAAAGAAAAAACUGAGAUUUACCUUAGGUUUAAUACAUUUUAUCAAAAGCUAGUGUAAUAUUUGUGAGUGAACUUACUGUAUUUUCCUGCAUACUGGUGUUGUUACACUAGGUAUUGUCAGGGUCUCUGACAGUCUUGUAUAUUCUCCUAAAAAACAUUACAUGUUUCUUUUUAGGAAGGAAGCAAAUACUUUUGUGUGCAAGAAAGAUUUUUUGUUCUAAAAUCAUUGGCUAUACUGUAUUUUUAUUGAAGAUUAUAGUAAUCUUUGAGAACGUGUGCAUAAUAAUGUUAUAAAGAAUUCCAGUCCCAAAGGAACAUAAGUAAGAGAAUGUUUAAGUUGUUUGUAGUCAGCUUUUUCUCUGUCAUCAUUGUGUCCAGUUAAACUGUGUUGUGAAUCAUAUAUCUUUACUUCUCUAGUGUUGUGAAUGCAAUUCUACAUAUAUAUAGAUACACACACAAUCACACUAUGGAUAAAAAAAUCCAUUUCAAGCUCAAAUCAACCAAAAAAUCACUUGUCAAAUGACACUGCAGUAGACUGUCUGUCUCCUCAAAAAGUGCAGUAACUCUUGACCUGCUGUCUCCUCAAAAGGUGCAGUGACUCUUGACCUGCUGUCUCCUCAAAAGGUGCAGUGACUCUUGACCUGCUGUCUCCUCAAAAGGUGCAGUAACUCUUGAACAGAGUACCAAAGCUUUAAACAGUUGCGAGACCUUAAAAAGUUAAACCAAGUAGAAUACUUAACCAUAAGCAAUAUUCUGCUAUUAACCUGUAUAAUGCUGUAUUAUAAUGUACAUUAUCCAUGGUAGAUUGUAUCUCACAGUGUUUAGUAAUGUUAGUUAUAGAUAUUGUGGAAAGUGAAUGUAUGCAAUCAUAAUUCGUAUUCAUUCCAAUUUUUUUGCGCAGUAUGAUCACCAAUUAUAUACUUGUAUAUAUACUUAACGCCUUGCUUAUUUUUUACUCUAUACAGAAAGAAUUUAUUCAAAAAAGAUGAAUCUAAUCGUUUAUAGUUUCUGAACAAACCAAAAAAAAAAUCAUUUUUAUAAUUUUUUUGAAAUAUAUUAGCAAUAUUUCCGUAAUGUAUUUUUGUGGCAGAUGUAAUAUUUUUUACGUGUUAGUAGACCUCGAACAGUGUCGUGAAACAAUGUGAAAAUUAUAUAUAAAAAAUUUGAUCCAUGUCUGUUUGCUAUUCUAUUUUGUAUAAGUAUGCAAUAUAGCUUGAGUUUUUGAUUGACGAAAAUUUUGGCGGAAAAUAGUCAGAAUUUUAUAAAAGUGAUAGCUUUGAUGCUGGUCAGUUUAACAUGCAUAAUAACUUGGGCGUUUUUAUCUUCAGGACAGGUCACUGCCUCUAAGAUAUUUUGAGCUUUCAAAUAAAUCAUAAAUUAAAAGUACAAUUAUGUGUUUUCAUAGCCUCAAAAUCAAGAGAUCUUAAUGUUACAUAAUAUUUUAUAAAUUGUUUCAGAUUUAUCAGUAUAUUUAUUAUUUUCCCCUAUUCUUGUUAUUUAGUGAGAGAUUUUCAAAUAAAGUUAAUUCUAAUAAUUCAGCAGUCUGGUUAAAAUCAGAUCCUCGAUCCGCUCCUUUGUUGUGGCUCGGGAGGCGAGAGAAAAAAAAUAAGAAUGCAAUGAGGGUUUGAUUUUAAUCGGACACCGAAUAAUUCAGGUAUUUUUUUUUUCAAAAUCAGGAAACAAGUUAUCUGUUACAUUGAAUCACUACCUCGGAUUCAGAAAGAUAUUAUUUAAUCAAAGAUUCAUCUCUUAACGUUAUGUCUAGUAGGUUUUACAAGAAUUGAAAAAGGUCCACCAAAACUGAAAAGUUUGAAUGUAUUUUGCUCGGGAAAAUGUUAAAACAAUGCGAAUGAAUGACUCAGAGCAGCAUGUUAUACUGGUGAAAUUUGCAUAAUAUAUUUUAUCUUUUUACAUUUUGUGUGAAGGUGUUAUGCUGUCAAUUUUAUUUGUAUUUUUGCUGAAUAAACUGUGCCAUAUAUGGAA